AUGGAACUGUUUGCCGCGGCUUACCAGCAGCACAUCCCCGUGCUGCUCAAGGGCCCGACCGGCUGUGGAAAGACCCGAUUCGUGGAAUACAUGGCGUGGAAGCUGGGGCGCCCCCUGACCGUAAUUCGAGAUGAGGAGAAGGGCGGCGGUGCACCCCAGGAUGUGCAGGAAAUCCACGAAGGCGAAGUUCGCGUGCCGCUGGUCACCAUCGCCUGCCACGAGGACCUGACGGCCAGCGACCUGGUUGUUGAGGCCCGCAAGGACACCACGGUGUUGAUCCACCCUCUGACCGACCACCGUCGGAUUCUUCCGGUGGAGAAGACCGGCACCAUCAUCGAGGCCGAUGAUCGGUUCCUGCUCUGCAUUUCCUACAACCCUGGUUACCAGAGUGCCCUGAAGGACCUAAAGCACAGCACGAGGCAGCGCUUCAUCUCCAUCGAAUUCUAUUACCCGCCCCGGGAAAUAGAGCGGGAGAUCAUUCAGUCGGAGGCCGGCUGCACCGAAGAGCAGGCCGACUCGCUGGCCAAGCUGGGCGAGAAGAUCCGCAACCUGGAAGACCACGGCCUGCAGGAAGGCGCCAGCACCCGGCUGCUGAUCUACGCUGGGCGUCUGAUGUGCGAGGGCAUUUCCGCCCGCCGUGCAUGCCAGGUCGCCAUCGUCUGGACGCUUACCGACGACCCCGAGUUGCAGCGCAGUCUUGAGGAAGUCACCUCUUCCAUAUUCGAGUAA